AUUCUGAUUGCUGGUAAAACCCCUUUGGGCAAAGUCCUUUUCCCCCAUAGUGUUCCUCUGAUUCUUUCUUAUGCGUCUGUGUUGGUGUCUCUCCCUUUGCAAACAGGCUUCGUGGGAGGGGGCGAGUGGGGAGCAAUGACAGAAGUGAAGAGAGAGAAAUUUGGGGAAUGGCAGCUUGGCGGAGGGGCUGUGGAAAAAUUCCUGCUCAAAUCCAGCACGGUAAAAGUGGAAAUUAUCUCCUUGGGCUGCAUAAUCACCGCGUUGGAGACUAAAGACAAAGAUGGAAAAUUCUCAGAUAUUGUUCUAGGCUUUGAUCAUUUGGAAGGGUACACCAACAAGCACCCCUACUUUGGAGCUGUCGUUGGACGGGUUGCUAACAGAAUUGCCAGAGGGAAAUUUACAGUGGAAGGAGUUGAGUAUCAAUUAGCCAUCAACAACGGACCCAACAGUCUGCAUGGAGGAAAGAAAGGUUUCGAUAAGGCCAUCUGGGAACCUGAAGUGCUGCCAGAUGGCGUACGGUUUUUCAGAGUAAGUCCAGAUGGUGAAGAGGGAUAUCCUGGUGAGCUGAAAGUCUGGGUGACGUAUACUCUUAAGGAUGGGGAGCUAACAAUCAGUUACAGAGCUGAAAGCAGUAAGACCACGCCAGUCAAUCUGACAAAUCAUGCGUACUUCAAUCUUGCAGGCCAGGGAUCACCCAAUAUCUAUGACCAUGAAUUUACUAUACAGGCAGAUUCUUACCUGCCAGUGGAUGAAACCCAGAUCCCCACAGGAGAAAUUGCUUCAGUGCAGGAUACAGGCUUUGAUCUGAGAAAGCCGGUGGAGUUUGGAAAACACCUUCAGAAGUUUCAGCUCGGAGGAUUUGACCACAAUUUUUGCCUGAAGCAGACAAAAGAAACAUGCUUCUGUGCGAGAGCCCACCAUCCCCCUAGUGGCAGAAUGAUAGAGGUUUAUACAACUCAGCCCGGGAUUCAAUUUUACACUGGGAAUUUCUUAGAUGGCACUCUAAAGGGAAAAGGCGGCUGUGUGUAUCCCAAGCAUUCUGGCUUCUGCCUGGAAACACAGAACUGGCCAAAUGCAGUGAACCAGCCUAAUUUCCCAGAUAGCCUGCUGCACCCAGGAGAGGAAUACAAGACCACAACUUGUUUCAAGUUCUCUGUAGCUUAAGCAAAGACCAAGAUUUUUUUGUAGCAAUCUGUAACAAA